AUGUUGAAUAUCUCUCUGAUCUGGAUUCUUACCACGCACAGCUGUAACCCUAAGUCACACGAAGAGGAAUGUUCGUUCAACAACAUCUGUGUGCUCGACGCCAACAAACCGACCCAGAAAUGGUUUGUCUUUGACGAGAUGGGCUACAACAAUACGGUGCCCUUCAAUAUCAAACGGAUCGGCCGCUCAGUGUUUGACUUGAACAUCGAUGUGUAUCAUCCGAAGACCAACCGGUUUGCGGAUAUCUUUGGAGGCAGGUACAAUCAUAUUCUGGUUGCAAAUUCCAUCGCGUUGGAGGUGUUCUGGUUUGACAAUCGUUAA